AUGACCGACCUAUGCGAAGACAAAUCCCUCCAACGGGUUCAAAGCCAUAUGCCAGACGACGAAACACAAGUCCCGCAAGGGCACACCCACCACGAGGCUAGCCAGUUGUGGCGUGCGGGUGGGAAGACGUGGCAAUGCCACGUCCCGACGUCGAGGGUCUAUGAUCCCGGCGAGCGCAUUCAAAUCCUCCACUACCAAGUCCCAAACGGGCAUCAAACAUCCCCAGUACGUCGUACUUGCGUGAAUGGGUCCAGCCUCCGGCAUGAGGUGGCCUGCACCUCGGUGUGGGCUGCCGGAGGCACCGUACCGACGACGCCGUGCACCAGCGGAGACGGGGCAUUGCGACCCACUGUCGACCAGAUUGUGCCGGGUCAUUAUGUCAAUAUGUACGGGGACGUCCCCGCCGCCGGGGCGUCGUUCAUGAAGGCAUGUGAGCGGCGCUCCUGGCUCGGGCCAAAGUCGCCCGAGCGAAACCUCAAGAUAUUUGCCGGACCACCCCGGUCAAAUCCUCACUCGCCCCAAACGGGCUUUCCAGAUCCCUGGGUGGAUCGCACACCCGAGCCAAACCUCAAGCUGUAG